AUGAGCAAAUCCAGUACAUUAUCGGUAGACAUUGUGGAGAAAACAGUUCAACCCCGACUGAAAGUGACUGACUCUUUAUUAGGGACAGAUACAAAAGCUGAAAUUAGGGACACAAUCUUGGGAAAUGUUUCUGACACAGGUACUAGUAUAACUACUACUGGUUCUGGUGCUGGUAAUGUUGUUGGCGCAGAUGUUGGCGCAGAUGUUGGUACAACUGUUGGUGCAACACGCCAAAGAAGAACAGCUCUAGCGUGCAUAAGAUGCAGAACUCGACAUAUCAGGUGUCCAGGGGGAGAACCAUGUAAGAAGUGCCAACUAGCGAAAACGAAAUGCGAAUACGUUGAAGCAGAUAAAAAGAUUGUUGUUUCAAUGAAGUAUCUUUCCAAAUUACAUGACGAUAUUGCAAGAUUGAAGAAAGAGAAUUCUACCUUGAGAAUAGAUUUGAAUGAACUCAAAUUUAAGCGUUCAGAGAACCUGUCUGCUUCUAGGCACCACCAGUUUAAUCAACCUAUGAUCCCAAUACAUGCUACUGGGACGACAUCAUCAAUACAAAGCUGUGAUGUAUCUCAGCCACAAUUUUCGAAUAACGCCAGUUCUGAAGUGAUCAACCCAUCAUUGGACAAACACGGAAGGCUCAUACAGUCAAGAACAGGAGAGAAAGUUUACGUUGGCUCGUCUUCGAUGACUCUAUUUGGAUUGGAAAUACAGAAUAUGGUGCCUUCUUUCCUUUCAAGCACAUUGCUUACUGAUUUUAGUGAUGCAUCUCCGACAAGCUCGCUAGACUCUCCACAAGCCGCACACUCUGUGGAUCCAUCUCACACACAUCAGCAACUUCCUAUGCCAACAAUUAAACGAGAAAGUGAGAUUUUGGAGAAAGAAGGAAACGCUUAUAAGAUAACGCUUUCUAAAACAAACACCAGACCAGGAUUGUCCAUUAAUUUCUCCUUACCAUCUUUUUCAUACGCGAUGUUGUUGGUGGAUACUUUUAUAAACUACAACGACGGUUGUUUCUAUUUUUUCAAUGAAGGUUUGGUUAAACAAUUUCUAACAAAUGUAUACUCGGGCAAAAUGGAGGAGAAUAAAAAAAUCUUGCAUCGAAACACCAAUCAAAAUAUGAGCGUUGGCACUGAAGGAAAGGGUACUAAAAAGCAUGAGGAUGAUUACACGAUACUAGAAACAAUUUGGUUUUGCAAAAUUUUACUUAUAUUUUCAGUAGGUGAAAUGUACCUAGGUACAGAAUCUGACACACACACAAAGAGGAAAAAGUUGGAGCUAAAAAGAAGAAAUAAAGAGAAAGUACACCAAAAACAUACGUUGCCAGGUGCUGGUUUCUUUUAUCAAGCGUCUGAACUAUUCACUGGGUUAUUUGCAUCGGGGGCUAUCGAUAAUAUCACAAAAGAUGGAGGAAUCGAAGCUAUGUUAUUAUAUGCAUUCUACUUGCAAGUAGCCGACUGUACCAUCGCAUCAUAUUUCUAUUUUGGAUUGGCUUUAAGAGCAGCUUUGAUUUUAGGAUGGCACGUUGACGCGGAUAAAGAGAACAUUAACAGAUUCGAGCUUGAACAUAGAAGACGAAUCUGGUGGACGGUCUACAUGUAUGAAAGAAUGCUUUCUUCAAAGGCUGGAUUACCCUUGAGUUUUGCUGAUGACUCGGUAUCCACAGAACUACCUAUGGACCUCAAGACUGAUUUGUCUAGUGGUUUUGGAACUAAAAAUUCAUCUGAUGACGUUAAAGAAUUGUACAUUUUCCCUUCGGCUGAUUAUAUCAAUAACUGUGUUACUAUAACUCAAAUCAACGCGCUAAUUUUAUCCUCGUUGUAUACCAAACAACCAACCUAUAAUAUUUUACCAAUUGUUUCCGAUUUGGUUCACCGAUUGAUAUCAUGGAGGAACUCCUUGCCUGACCACUUGGAUGUUGACUAUUCAGUAGAAGAGCCAAAGAUUUCAAGGCUUAUAGUGAAUUUAAUGACUGAGUAUUUCCAAGGUAUCAAUUUGGCCGUGCGUCCAUUACUAUUUCAUUUUGCAAGCAAGAAAUUGAAGGAAUUACUGGUGCAGAGCAGCGAAAAUAAGUACAUUGAUUUGACUAAAUAUUCCAAGAAUGUCUUGACUUUGCUAAAUGCUUCGUUUCAAGCUUCAAUUAAUACCAUCAAAAGUAUUUGGUCACUAUUGGCCGACAAUAUGGUUGCUCUUUUUGGAUGGAUGGACCGUGAGUAUUUAUUCACUUCAGCAACAACUUUGAUUUUAUUCAAUGCCUCCUUUGGUGUCCACGAGGCGACUAGAAUCCAUUUGGAUCAUGCUCUAAUAAUAUUUGCAAAGAUGAAAAGAUUAGGAAAUUAUCCAGCAGCAUUGAGAAGAGCUCAAUUACUAAAAUUGAUACGAGUACUUGAUUUCAAUGGAGUGAUGGUUGAUAUAUUAGAAAAGCAUGAUGAUGAACAUCAGGGCAACUUGUUUGAAUCUGUGGUAAAGGAGCCAGUGAACAAAGGCCUGGCAGAUAAAGAGUCAGUAAACGUGGUGCACAAUGAUCAAGAUUUCUUACAGUUUGCUAGUGGGUUUCAUGCUACUAGUGCUGAAGGGUAUGCUGAUCUAGAUUUAGGUGGUAUGGAAGAUCUUCCUGGUUUGGCCGAAGAACAAAAAUUGUGGAAAGAAAUCACCCAUGAGGCUGAAUGGCUCAAUGUGCAUUCUGCUGAGCAUCCAGAUGGCCAAACUCCAAACACAUACCAUGGAGUGUUUAGCGAUUUCAAUUAUAAUUAG